CAAAAUUAUUAAUCCAAUUCCCGUGACUGAAUCCGAAAAGAAAGGGGGCGGGCAAUAUGUUGGUCAUGUAUGCAGGGGCAGCAAGGGCAUUUCGGCCACCGAAACAUAGAGUAUACGAGACAGACACCAAGUUUUAACUUGCAGUAUAUACUUUCGGUCGCCGAGAGAGAGACACACACGCUCUCCAAGACUAAACAGUUUGGCUGGUGGCGUCAUCUUUUUGGAGUAAACUGUUCUUUAUAGAUGCACAGCCCGGCCAUCUUUGACGCUUUGAUUGUCGGCGGCGGCCCAGCCGGCCUCUCUGCCGCCCUCGCCCUCGGCCGCAUCAACCGCACCGCGCUCGUCUUUGACUCUGGCGAGUAUCGCAACGCCGGCGUGCGCGCCAUGCACACCGUCCUGUCCCGCGAUGGCGAGGAUCCCGCAGAGUUUCGCGACAUUGCGCACAAGCAGAUGCACAAGUACCCGACCAUUCAGUUCUGCACGGGGCAGAUUGAGCAGGCGGCCAACAUUGACAUUGGCAGCGGCUACAUGGGCUACCAGCUUGUCGAUAGCAAGAAUGCGACGUAUCGCGGGCGCAAGCUGAUUCUGGCGACGGGCACGGAGGAUGUGCUGCCGACUAAUAUUGAGGGAUACAAGGAGAACUGGCCCUCCCACAUUUACCAGUGUCUCUACUGCGACGGCUUCGAGAAAAAGGGCCAGCCCAUUGGUAUCCUCGAAUUCUCCAACCCAGGCUACGCCGGUCUCUCCAUCAUGGCCACCCAUCUCUCCGACAACGUCACCAUCUACACCAACGGCCCGGCCAAGACUGACGACGCCGUCCAAAAGGCCAUUCGCACGGCACAGGCGAGCGGCGUGCAUCUCGACAACCGGCCCAUUCGCCGCUUAAUCAACCAGGGCGACGAUAUCGGCGUCGAGUUUGAAGACGGCCAGAAGAUCAGUUUGGGUCUGCUGGUGCACAAGCCCCCGACUGUCAAUCGCUCACAGAAGUUGAUUGACCAGCUUGGUCUCAAGCACAUUGAUAACACGACUGAGGUGCUAGUCAACCCGCUCUUCACAGAGUCUAGUCUGCCGGGCUGCUUUGUACCUGGUGAUGCUGGCCAGCUGCUGAAGCAGGUUGCAGUGGCCAUGGGCACCGGUGUCCGCGCUGCGUCCGGCGCAUCGUUCCAGCUAUGCAACGAAGAGGGCGCUCGCAAUCUCGCCGCCGCAGAGGCCAACGGCCACGCCAAGGCUGAGCUGUGAGUAGACGAAACGAACUUUACAGUGCUUCUCCAAAUUUUCGUAGUAUUUAUAUAGCUUUGCCUGUAAAUGAUCUUUGUUACACUAGUUCAUGUUAAUAGACAGUACAUCAUUAACACAGAAGAAAAGAAACAGAUCAACGUUGUUGUGGUAUAUC